CUUCUACUUGUGUUCGGAACAGUCGGGGUUCUAACUUCUAAGCUUUUACAGCAGCCGACAUUAGAUCUCUAGAGAGAGAGAGAGAGAAGUACAACAACCCAGAACCACGAGGAGCUUAUAAAAGGCCUUCUCUUACUCUCUCUCAUUUCCCUAACCUGCUUCGACAUCUCUUUAUCUCUUGUUCAAAAUGUAUAUUGUAUAGUCUUCUGCUCUGCAUUUCUUGGACUUGCAGAGAUUGGGAGAGAGAGAGAGAGAGGGUGGAGAAGGUAGAAGGCUGAACGCAAGAGAGGCCUCGAAACUAGAUUCUGUCUACCUCAGUACCUUUUUCUUUAAUCUUGUUAUUGUUUGCUUAAUGUUUGUUCUUAGUCUUCUGAAUGUGGAGUGAGUGAGAUCUGAACUGGGUUUAGUCUUCUCUCGCCUGAUUAGUCUGGUGGGUCUGGUUCCUUAACGAUGUGGAGGAAUUAGAGUGAAUGAAUGACUGACAGUCCAGCUCUACCACAUUGUAUUGCGUAACUCAGAAGCGAAAUUCCAGUUUACAGAGGAGGGGAGUGACAGAAAGGGUCAAUUUAGAUUCGCGCUCUUUUCGCAAAGGGAAGUCCUUUAACUCCAUGCAGAUCUAGCUACUUUCUUUUGGAACAUUGUAGGUAGCCAAUCUAUAUACUUCUUGUCCCCUGUUUUGGGUUUCACGCUUCUGGUUCUGGGUUCCCAUCUCUUUUCAACUGUUCGUCUCUACUGCAAACUGAAGAGAGAGAGAGAUGGAUCGGCUUCCUGCUGUCAACCUUCUUCCAGAGGCGUUUCCCAGGGAUGACCUCGCCGGCCAAUUGGGAUUCAUCUGGCAACAGAUCAAAACCCCGCUAAUCGUUCCUCUGCUGAAACUCGCGGUGGGUCUAUGCUUGGUCUUCGCGGUUCUGCUGUUCAUGGAGAGGGUCUACAUGGGCAUCGUCAUCACUUACGUCAAGUGGUUUGGGCGAAAACCAGAGAAGCGAUACAAAUGGGAGCCGAUAAAGGACGAUCCGGAGCUGGGUAAUUCAGUUUAUCCCAUGGUUCUCGUGCAAAUCCCCAUGUACAACGAAAAAGAGGUUUACCAACUCUCCAUUGGAGCUGCAUGCGGCCUUUCAUGGCCCUCCGAUCGAAUCAUAAUUCAAGUUCUGGACGACUCCACAGACCCGACCAUCAAGAGUAUGGUGGAGUUGGAAUGCCAUAGAUGGGCAAGCAAGGGCAUCAACAUCAAAUAUGAGAUCAGAGAGAACCGAGUUGGAUACAAAGCAGGAGCUCUCAAAGAAGGACUGAAGCGAAGCUACUCUAAACAAUGCGACUACGUCGUCAUUUUCGAUGCAGAUUUCCAACCAGAACCAGACUUCCUCUGGCGAUCCAUCCCUUUCCUUGUCCACAACCCAGAUAUAGCCCUCGUUCAAGCCCGCUGGGUAUUCGUGAACGCUGACGAAUGCAUGAUGACUAGGAUGCAAGAGAUGUCGUUGGAUUACCAUUUCACGGUGGAGCAGGAAGUGGGUUCGUCCACCUACGCCUUCUUCGGUUUCAACGGGACCGCCGGUAUAUGGAGAAUCGCGGCCAUAGAAGCGGCCGGAGGAUGGAAGGACCGAACGACGGUCGAGGACAUGGAUCUGGCCGUCCGAGCGAGUCUCAAGGGCUGGAAAUUUCUCUACGUUGGUGAUCUCCAGGUGAAAAGUGAAUUGCCAAGUACGUUCAAUGCCUUCCGCCAUCAGCAGGAUCGUUGGUCUUGUGGACCAGCUAAUCUGUUCAGGAAAAUGGCCAUGGAGAUCAUAAGAAACAAGAAUGUAACUACGUUCAAGAAAUUCUAUGUUAUCUACAGCUUCUUCCUUGUUCGGAAGAUCAUUGCCCAUAUCAUCACCUUUGUGUUUUACUGCAUUGUGUUGCCAUUAACCGUCUUGAUUCCUGAGGUCGAAGUUCCAAAGUGGGGUUCCAUUUAUAUGCCUUGCAUCAUUACCCUCCUUAACUCAGUUGGAACUCCAAGAUCAGUCCACCUGUUGUUUUUCUGGGUCCUAUUCGAGAAUGUAAUGGCUCUGCACCGGUCUAAGGCGACAAUUGCGGGUCUUCUGGGGGCAAAGAAAGCAAAUGUGUGGGUUGUCACUGAGAAAUUGGGAUCAAAAACAACCAAUUCCAAGGCACCCAAAAAGCCUCGAUUCAGAAUCAGGGAAAGACUCCAUCUGACAGAGCUUGCAUUUGGAUUGUUCCUCGCCUUGGUGUCCUGCUACGAUUUUGUCUAUGGGAAGAACAAUUACUUCAUAUUCCUCUCCCUCCAAGCCAUUACAUUCUUUAUUGUGGGGUUUGGCUACGUGGGCACCAUCAUCCCCUCUUAGUGGUGUCUGUGUUGGCUGGAUAAGCCGUAUUGGCACAAUCCUCUUUGGUAUCUGUCAUACCAUAUCUCUACUUUUCUCUCUUCUCAGACAAACAUAUAUAUAGGGUCUUUUUAGCCAAGUUUCCUGCAUUUGUUACUGUUUUAGCUCAUAAAAGAAAGGCUGGUCAUUCUUUCAUGCUGAGAAGAAGCACUAAAAUCGUGCAGUCAAGAACUCUCCUGUGAAUACUCAACAAAGGCCAGGAAUUUACAAAACACAGAUGUUGUUAUGUGAAGGGCAUUAUACAAACAGAAGAAGGAAGCAGAAGCAGCAUAGGGGGUUUGAUCCUAAGUAGGUGGUGUAAACAUCUUUAAUGGAUUGCUUGUACUUCUGGAAUUUUGUAGCUUUUUUUUUUCCUUUUUUUUUAUCUCUUUUUCAUUUGGGUUUUGUUUGAGAGGGGAAUAAACUGAUGGCCAGGCCAGGAGGUAGUAAAUUUGAAACUGUUCUUCCCCAUAUCUCUUCCUUUUCUGUUUCAUCUUGGAACUUGAGCAUCCUUCCCUCUUCUUUUC